AUGGGUAAGCGAGACACUUUUUUAGAACUUCUAGAUUUAUUAGAAAAAGGCAAUACACCAGUAAAAUCAUUGAAAAAUGAGAAAUCUGUAAAAACCGAUUUGGAACUAUUGAAAGAAAUAUCUGUUAUUGCUUCAAAAUUCAAAGCUGAUGAAAUAUCGAAAAAUGUGACAUCGGGAACCAGUUCAUUCAUUCGCUUUAUGUCACUUUUAGUGAAAAGUUUGGAUCAUGCGGAUGCAAAUAUUCGUAUUUUUGCAGAACAGGAAUAUGAUUUUACUGUAAAGAAACUCGUUAUUGGCAGAUAUCCAGAAUUGGCCACAAGAAUAGCAGUCACCCAUUUACAAGGAUUUUCUUCAGGAAGAGCAAUAGUAGUGCUUUUAGCUAGAAUUGACUAUCUUCUUUCCCUGAUUCCGAAUCCGAGGGAGCUAAUCGAUUUUCAACCGUCCGAUUAUUUUAUGAAGGGAUAUGUGGCGAAUGAGCGGGAUAAACUCAUACUUUGCAACAGUCAUUCUAUUGAAGGGGAAGGUGCUGAUCCAGGAAAGGAAAUUAUAGAUCCACUUAUGAAUCCUUCAAAAUACGAAGAAAUUCAACAAAUAUCAAAUCCCGUCCGAAUUGAACACUUGCCAGCAUGGGAGACGUUAUCAAAACAAAAGUUUCAUAAUGUUUAUCUUUACAUUGCCGCAUUCCUCAGUAAAGCAUUUUUACUUACCGGAAUUCCUGGAACUCUUAAAAAUGACACUGAAUCCAAAGACAGUAUGAAAAUUCUUGCUCUACAAUGCCUCGUUGUCAUAUCGGAAAAGGUUCUCAAUCUGAGCUAUUCACCAUUCUCUUCAUCAAACGACUCGAAAAGCGAAGCAAAUGCACACAAUUUGAUCCGAAAAUUGCGGAGCUUGAGCGCACAAGGAGGCGAUUAUACAGAUUCAAAUAUUAUUCAACUCUUUAUGCCCUUGUUCAAACAACUUCCGACUGGAAUUGAUGUUGGAAUCUGUGAAAGCACUUUAAUUGAAUUUUUGGAUAUUAAAUCUAUGAAGAAAUCAGUUUUAUUGGCUGGUGUUGAAGCAACAAAUAAGAUGUCAUACGGACUAUGGUCCAAUAUUUUGGUGAACAAGAAAUCAUACUGCAGAGAAAAAGCUUACGAGCUACUUGUAUUCGGAUUACGAUGCUUAAAUAUGAUACAAGCUCUGACAUUUGAAAAGAGGCCAGAUAAGAGAACUCCAGAUCAUGUUGAUUCGCGCGUAGUGAAGUUACAAAGCAUUUUUCUUCCUGUGAAAACAUCCGACAAUGCUCCUUCUUUUCCUCGACAAGCAAAUAUUAGCUUUGAUCAAUGCGAAUCCCUGUCUGGAAUUUAUAAUGAUACAAAAGGAGCGUUCAAUAACUUUAUGUCAUCACUAAAUCAUAGUACUGACAGCAAAUUUCUCGAAAUAUGUGAAGCGGCAUCCAAUGCGAUAAGUGUAGCUUUAGACUUCAUAUCGCUGGAAGAUUUCAAUUUUUUCGACGAAGUGAUAUCAUAUACAAAGGUAAUUCUUGUUAUGGUUGAGCUACUGAGAGCAGGAAUCCUACAUGAUAUGGCUGAUCCCAAUCACGUUAUUCAUAAUGAAAUAGUUGCACAAAUAUCCAACCCUAAAGAAUGUUCAUAUCCGGAAUUAUUUGAAGAGAUGAUCGUUUUUAUGAUUGUAUUUACUCGGGUGCAAACACAUAAUUACGUGAAUUUGUCAAACUACGGAAUAACACUGAUACGAAGCGUUCCCAGUUUGAAACCAACUGUAGUUCCAUACGUUAUGAAGGCUUCGAUUUUGCUAUUCAUAGAGACAAUUCAGCAAAACUUGGAUAUUGAGCCAUUCGCAACCCAUCUUGGUCAAAAUCUAACUGUUUGCUUGAAAUUUGCAACAAGAGAGACACUUUUCCUGUUUUAUUUGAUAUUUGGAAAUACCAAAAAAUCUAAUAUGGGUCCAAUUUCCAUCACAUUCCUAACAAAUUACGUUCAUUGGAUGGCUCAGGAAAAUCAUACCAAAUGUAAAAUUGAAGAAGCAAUUUUUCCGUUGUCAAAGAUGGCAGAUUCUGCGUUGAAUCCGUUUGAUAUUGCCUACAAUGCCCUAGAAAAAGCAAAUUCGUCUGAAAAAUCAUGUGCAUUACUCGCUACUAUAGUAGCACGACUGAGUGGACCCGUUUUAGACCUUCGAUUGAAUGGAAUGGAAAGUGAUCCAGCAAAAUGGCUUGAAAGAACACUCAAUAGAUCAUUUCGAGCAAUUUCGGGACAAGAAAAAGUAUUCUUGGAUCGAUUUAUGGAUCACUUUUUGAAAAAGCAAUAUCCUAUUGUUUAUGCAAAUAUACAAAUUGAAUGGAAAGAUAAAAUGUCUGAGGAAAGAAAUAUUGGCGAUGAUCUAACUCUUGAAAACCUACCAACAGCAGAAGUUUUAGCCCUUCCCGACUUGACCAAGCCUAUAGAAGAAAUUUUACGAAAAAUUUGCCGAAAGCGCUGCAUGGUUCCACUAGUUGUCCGCAUUCUGUCUGCAUUUAAUAUCGAAGAACUAUUUCCGUUGUGUCUUGAGUUUGAGCAAUUUUAUAUCGAUGAUUACUUCUGGAAAUGUCUUUUGACGGAAAUGAAACACCAAACAACAGUAUCAGAGGUUCGAGGCACAUCCGAAGCAAAAGAAGUCACAGUGAAGAUAUAUGAACUUAUUGAUAAGAUAUGUGACUAUUGUGAACACUCAGAAGACUAUCAAAUAAUGUUAAAAGUUCUUGCAAAUUUAGAGAAAUUCAAAUUUGAAGGACUCGAUAAUGUAAAAAUUAUAAACGCUAUAAUCGAGUUCGCCACCAAAAAAAUAGUUCUUCUGCGUCAUCCUGUAUUGUAUGAGCUUUUUCUUACCUCAGUAGCAGCUAUUGAGCAUGGAUAUAAACCAGUUAUUCAAGUAAAAAAUGAUGGAAGUGUUUUUAUUCCGUUGGCAAAAGUACACCAUUUAUGUUUUUCUGAUGUUCUUCUUGAUUUUCACAUUCGCCAAUCACAAGUUGGUUGGUUGACACGAGCGCAAUUUGAGGACAUCUGCGUCAGCCUUCUUGGUGUUUUAUCUACAACUCCAACUGGAAAAGAGUUGAAUGAGUCAUUAGCAGAUGUUAUUAGCGAGCGCUUAAAAUGCAGCUCUUUGGCAGUGGAAGUGUUUACUUCAGUUUUACUCCAGUCGCUGAAGUUUCCUUACAAUGGUGAUCCCAAUUCGAGAUUUAUUUUGAAAACUCGAGAGAAAAAUGACCCAUUCUUUUCUUCAAAUGAAAUGAUCGAAUUGUCAAUCAUGAAAAUGCUGCAGGGAUAUCAACCAAAGAAUUCCUACAAUCAGAAUAUUGAACGUUACGAAAAAAACGUGCACGAUGGAACCACAAAUAAAUACGGAUUAUGCCAAAUUUCUGUAAUGUCAUUAUGGACAAUUUGUGGAGCAUUGUCGUCAGAAAAUGGAAAACCCAUGCCUCCAUCGCCAACGGGUCGAUCAAUGCAGAAUAUUCGCCCAUCUCUUUCGCAAUAUUUGCUAGACACUACAAGCGAUCUCGACACUGUGUCUAAUGUUCGUAGCUUGUUAGGAAUCUUUUCUCAUUGGUUCUCGCAUGGAAUUGAUUUGUUACCUGCAACUUUGCUUGCAGCUGUGAUUGAUUCUCUACAAUAUUUAUCCGAUUUUUUCGAUGAUUUGACAACAUACGACUUUUUGUAUCAACAAAUGAAAAUAAUUUUUAAUGGUGGAUUUGCAAAAGGAUUGCGAAGAAAAGGCGUUGUUGUAUGCCUGUUGUUGAAAUCUGUUGCAGUUUUGGGUUUUGAAAACGUGGAACUCAACAUGACUCUCGCAGAUAAACAGAAAAUGGUGCUUUCAUGGGUAGAGCUCGGUCUGACUUCAUAUUAUAUAACAGACAAAGUUCAAACAUUGGCCGAAUACGUUGUGAAUAACAUUACGAAACCAUGUGAGUAUAGGGAAAAAGCCUAUUACCGAAUAUCAAUGGCGUGUGUCAUGAGAUGUUUUGCCGGCGGUAUUCGUGAUAUUGAUAAAGUUGCGUAUUUACAAUGGAGUUUGUGCACAAUGUAG